AUGAGAUUGCUCGUCCUCAAAUUCCUUUCAAUUGCUGGAUUACUGCACACGGCAAUAUGUGCACCAGCUGCCCUGGACAGACGCGACACCAAAUCGUUGCUACUUCGAAGCGCAUGCUCAGACGAAAGUAUGACUGCAGUUACAGUUCACUAUGAGGAUGAAAAGGAGCUACCAGAAAAGACCGUAGUACGGUCACUUGGUAAAGAUUGUGCCACUAUACUCCCACGCAUCGACAAGAAAAUCACAAAGUAUACAGUCGAUCAAGCGAAUUCAAAACUCGGGGAAUUGACACUGUGCCAUCUUAAAGAUUCAGCAGGUCAAACUGUUGGAAUGUCUAGCGAUGGGGUUGGGCACUUUUCGAAUAUUCACUAUCAUCUCGCAGUACCACAAACUGUCUGGAGUGUCUGGUGUGAAGAGAUCGAGAUGCAUGCUGAGCGAUUCGUCAUCAGAACUGUGGUCAGAGAUACGGAACAGUCCACCUGA